GUGUUCUGCAGGCAACAAACUCGUACAUCUGACGUGUAGGUAAUGAUCCCCAUAUCAAUACCUUCAAGUGUUGUAAUGUAUUCCUCUCAGAUACGCUACGGAUGCGUCUUUGAUUCAAUCGUGCUCGUUGAACCACCACGUGGACAGCGCUCGGUGGCCGUCUGGGCGGGUGUCAAGACUGUUUCAGGCCCCUUGUAGCCCCCCGGUCCUGGUCGAGAGGCCUGGUUUCACCUCGUGGGACGGCCCAGACCGGAGCCUGCUUCUCUGGAAUUCGUCUCUUCUGAUUGCAACUGACGACUUCUCGGGACUCUUUAUCAUCAGAUUGUACGACACUGAGGUUGAUGUUAAGCCUGGAUUAUCUCGAACCUCGACGCUGGACCAAGAAACGCGUGGAGCCGUACUUCUAAACAAUCAACAUUCGCGCCGAACCCCAAUCGGCCAUCGAAUCAUCGACUUAGCUCCUGUCCUGUGGGAGGACGGAAACAAAGACGCGCGACCGAACUUGGCGAAGGGAUACGACGCCCGCCAACCAAACCAAAAUAACAAAACAAGCCAUGUUUACCCACAGGAUAGCGACGACUUCUGUGGUGCUCGCGCUCGUGGCGGCGGCGCUGGGCAGCGAUAUCACAGACGAGGUGCGUGGCGGGUUCAGGAUGGGAGGCUCGCUGCUUCCGCGACAGACCAAGGGUCUGCAAUCAUUCAGCGGCUCGCUGGGGGGCGCCAAAGCACAGUCGAUCACGCAAUCAUCCGACCAGAAGCGGCCCUUUGAGGUCAACGGCGACACAUUUACAGACUUCAGGUCGGCGGCGAACAGGGCGUGCGACAACCAGAAGAACGCGUGCGCCGACAUGGCAAACGGGAGCAAGAAGGGCGACUUUACAGUUGGAGAAUGUGACAAGCAAAACGAGGAAUGCAAGGCAGCGGCAGCAUCUGCAACACAGACAGCCUUCAACGCCCUCGUCAGCUCAAACGCCGAGUUCGACUUUUUCUGCGACGUAUGAAGCACCUGCGUGCUGCCAGCUUUCUGCUAGUUUCCCAAAGUAUUUCCUUCUCUUCUUUCCAAUCACGACUUUUGGACCAUCGACUCGCAAGAGCAGUUUUUUGUCUGUACCUACAAAAGGAUUGGUGCAGCAAGCACGUCGGGCCUCUGUGUGGUGGCUUUGUUUUAGGGCUGGCUUUGGGUGGCGUUCUGGUCGGCACUAGUAUACCUCAGGUUUGAUACCUAACCCCCAAUGGUUUUCACGUAAUUGAGAUUUGGGUUGGAUUGGA